AUGGCCAUUGGAGUUAUUCAGCGCUGUACUGCUGUGAAGUACCACUACACCUCCAGCUCUCUGCCUCGCAACUUACCCAUUAACAUCACGAACACCAUCCGGCAGGAUGAGUGGCAUGCGCUCCAUCUGCGGAGGAUGACAGCUGGCUUCAUUGGCAUGGCAGUCUCCAUCAUCCUGUUUGGGUGGAUCAUUGGUGUGCUGGGCUGCUGCAAACAGCAGGAGCUCAUGCAGUACGUGGCUGGGCUGCUCUUCCUAAUGGGAGGUACAUGCUGUAUCAUCUCACUCUGCACAUGCGUAGCUGGGAUCAAUUUUGAGUUAUCUCGCUAUCCUCGCUACGUCUAUGGGCUGCCAGAGGACAUCAGUCAUGGCUAUGGCUGGUCCAUGUUCUGUGCCUGGGGAGGCCUGGGCCUUACCCUGCUGGCUGGGUUCCUCUGCACAUUGGCCCCAUCACUCAACACUUCUCGGGCAUCUGUACAAAAACCCAGACAAGAAAAUGGGGCUGUGUGA